AUGACAUCUACUGCAUUAAUUGAAGAACAACUCUCAAAUUUAUCAACUUUUGAAGAACCAUCGACUGCAACAACUACUGAAGAUGUAGAGAUAUCAACUAGCCUCUCCAUCCCUGCAAAAAGACCCUUACUAGAUAGAAAUUUUCUAGAUAGAACUUGUAAAAAGAAAAGAGAAGCUCAAGCUCUUGAUCAACAACUUUUCCUUGAAAAUCAAGAUGCUUGCCAAAUUUAUCAAUAG